GAUUUAAUAUCAGAGAUGAUUCUCUUCUCUAAGUGUAAUUUGAUAUUUAUUUGCACUUUGGUGAUCACUUUGCUGCCCUUCGGGCUCUUGGAGCUUUAUUACGAUGAAGUUCAAAGCUUGAGCGAACUUCCAAUGAAUAAACUUUUGAAAAUACGAUCCAGUUUCGGCGAAAUCGAAGAAGAAUAUUUAGAAGAGGAAGAAGAUGAGAAUGGCUUAGAAGGAAGAACAAUUCCUUUAGCCUACAAGUUGCCUCAGAAAAAAAUCGGUAACAAAUUGCGGAGACACGGCGGGUGGGAUGAAAAAGGCGAGGAGAGUAAAAUUUCUAAAAUAUUCCAAUUUUCUCUAACAACUCUGUCGUUUCUCGCCUUCGGCGGGUACUUGCUCACUUUAAUCAUUACUUCUUUAAAAAGAAAUUCGGGUACUUCCGGAAAUGUAAUCGUUUUAUCGAAUCUGCAAAAAUUCACGAGACCAAAGCGUGAUGUGUUCGGAAUAGACCCAAUGGAAAACGACUUCAACACCGACAGACUCUACCGCGGGAUGAUAAUGCUCUCGGAGGAGUUUGCGUCUUACUCCAAGCCGAAGCACUAUUGAUAGAUAUUUAGUUAUAUUUUCAUUGUAUUAUUUAUUGCGGCUGUCAAUGUGAGCUGGCAAUUUAACUUUUCUCGAUCAUUAACUGUUCUGAAAUCAAAUAAAAUCUAAUAAGAGCGUGUGUGGGUGUGCGCUUGGUGUUUGUGUGGUAUAUGUGUGUGGAUAAACUACCGGGAUGUGUAUACACAAACUACGAGGAAUAUUCUCGACAUGUAGGUGGUAUAAAGCUUCGAAUAUGCUUUCCCAAAUAAACAUUUAAGUGUCUGUAUACAACGCUCUAGGGAUCUGAUGAUAACCAUAUGGCGUACGCCGACGAAUUUUAUCAAAUUUACUCGCCUUUUUAUUUUCGUUUAUCUACUUGUAAUUAA